GAAAAAAGUCGGAGUGGAUGGCAGAUGAAGAUCAUCACCCGAGGAUCGCUUCUGGGGGCGGAGCGGCAGCGGCCCCUCCCCCGGGCGGCUCCCGCGGUGCCGGCAGAGCCGUGCCGAGCCGUGCCGAGCCGUGCCGAUCCCCGCCGUCCCGUUCCUGCCUGCCCCGUCAUGUCGUCGGCCGGCAGCCUGAGCAACAUGCAGCGCCUGGUGGAGCAGCUGAAGCUGGAGGCCGCCGUGGAGAGGAUCAAGGUCUCCCAGGCAGCUGCAGAGCUCCAGCAAUACUGUAUGCAAAAUGCCUGUAAAGAUGCCUUGCUGGUUGGGGUCCCUGCAGGGAGCAAUCCCUUCCGUGAGCCCAGAUCCUGCACUCUGCUCUGAAAUCAGGGGAGGUCAGUAGAGAGAUACCUUGAAGCAUGACAUGACUAACAAUGGCCUUUUCUUCAAGAAACGUAUCUCUGUGUCCUUUCUUCUAUGUGGCUGAAACUUGGAUAUUUGUCUAUUCAUUCUUGUGCGUUCAUGCCUCACUGUUUUACUAAUGUUUUUAUAGUUUUUUUAAUGUAAGUAGUUCUUUUUGUAAAAGUCACCAUUGUUAUUACACUAUACUAUCUAUACAAAUACUACUUGAGAAGUUUACAUUUUUGAAAGCAAAAACAUGAUUAUUUUUACCAAAUUACCUAUUUCUAACUUGGACGGUUGUUAGGCUGGAGUGAUGGUGAUAAUUAUUUGUAUUUUCUGAAACAGAACAUCUGAAAAAUGAUCUGUUAAAACCUAAAAGCAAAUGCGGAUAGUAUUAUGAGAACUGUUCUCUGAAGUGUUUUCUUUAAAUAGAAAGACCUGAAACCAGCAACACUGUUUUUUUCCAAGUGCUUGAAAGUCCACAGAUGACACCUGUUAGAAAAUGCUUGACAUGAUGUGUAGCACAGUCUUGUUCCAUAAGCACCUUACUUACAAAAGCCCUGUUUUGUUUAAUGCUUCUCAUAAUUUGUAUUCAUAAACAUACUGCCUUGGUGAAAUCUCAUCUUUAAAUGUUUAAAACGUAACCAAACUCACUCUAAAAAUACGUAAGUGUCCAAGGACCGUUGCGUGCAUGAUUUUUGAGGUUUGAAGUACACAAAAUUACCAAGUUCCACAAAUAAAAUACACUUGGUCAUUUGCCUUCACUUUUCUAUAGAACACUUUUACAAGGACAAAUUUUUUUUACUAGGUUUUUCAUUUUGUUUACUUUCUAUUGUUUGUAUUAAUCUUCUAGAAGUUUGGAAAUAAAAUUCCUUUCCUU